AAAGAUGAGUGUUUUGUGUAGCUCUGUAUUCUUGCCAAGCGGCCCUUUUGAUGCUCCUGCUGAUUUUGUGUUAACAAAAAGUGUGCCUAAAACGUAUAAUGUGUUAUUGUAAUUCAACAAACACAAUUAUUAUAAUUGGAACUAAAUUGGUUUGUCAUUGGAGCAAAAUCAUUUUGGAGUACAUUGCAUCACAUUUAUCUAUAGUAAAAACAUUAAUUUUGCUAAUUUAUGUGAAAUAAAAUAUACACAAGCUUUAAUGAUGAAGAAAAGAAAGCUACUGCACCAUUUAACACACUUGAGACAACUGAGACUGUUUUUAUGCUUGAAUAUAAUAUGAAAAAUACCAAGUGAAUGAUGUUAAUGUUAAAAGUAUCACAAGACAUAUUGACUUUAGUUUGUGCUACCAAGUGCUCCAAAAACUAGAUGAAUUAUUUAUAAACUAUUUGAUUAUUUAACAAUCAUGAAAUAGUUGUUCAACUGGUACAUUAAACCACCACCACCGACUGCAUCACAUGAUAUUAUGCUUCAACAAUGAUGAAUCUCUGAUAAUGAAAAAUGAAACUUUAAUUAUUAUGAAUUUCAACUCUUCAACUGGAUUAACAAAUCAUUGAAUUCUAAAUGAUCAGAUAGCAUCAUCUUGAACUACUACAUGGCCUGGGGUUGGAGAGUAUUUUAAUGAUGACCUGCAGCGUGGAAAGAUGAACAUCCGCCUAAAAGAUGAAGAGAAUUUCAAUACAACGAACUGACGUCAUCAAUUAGGAGUUUCGAUCAUAAACUACACAGUUACUACAGUUAUGAUGACAUGGAUUUCAAUGGGACAAGUCAACAACAUCAAUUGAAAAUUUAUUUAAUAUCAACCACAACAAUGACUAUCGUGAAAAAAAAAUUCUUCAAAUCUUUGAAAACGUUAUUCAAGAAAAUACAAGAUGUGAUAUAUUUGAAGGACAGCAGGGUCAAACGUCUUGUGAAGGAUUUUUCUUUUGCGGUUAAUGCCAAAAAAAAAAAAGGAAAAGAGCAUCUGAAAGUUUAAAGAAGCUCAUCGUGGAUGAACGACAACAAAAGAAACCAAAAGAUAAGGUUUCUUAUUGACUAUAUCAAGACGUUUGGUCACGAAAAGAACAGAAUGGCUAUAGUAAAAAUUCCAUUGUCGUAUACACGGCAAUGAAUAUUGAAAACCGAUAACACUAAAUUGGCAAAAAAAAAAAAAUCAUUCAAAUUUAAUAUGGUUGAUUAAUAAUUGAGCAACAUCAAUGAUGAAUUAAUAAUUUAUUAUUGAUAAAAAAUUAAAAAUACUAAAAGUGUUUUUUACGAUGAAAAUGAUAUUGAGACGUUAUCGGAUUGUUUAAAAGUGUUUGUUAAAUUUAUAGUGAUAUAAUGAUUAAUAAAUUAAUGAACAUUAUAAAAGUGAUUAAAAAAUUCCACAAAAUGACUAUUUGGUUGAUAUUUGUUGGCCUCGUGAUGAUGACAGUGCCACAAGUUUAUUCACAAAUGACAUGGACACCAAUAUUCGUCGGCGGAGACAGUCAAGUGGAUUUUUGGACGCAAAGUGAGACUGGAUGUGCUUGCAGUUUUAAUUCAUCGAGUAAAGAGUGUGCUUGUUGUGUGUUAUCUGGUGGUUGCAGUUGUGGUAUUGCCAUGCCAAAAAGAUGUGGACAAUGUGGCCUUGAAAAAUAUUGCACAAACAUGUGCAAUAUAACGUUGGACAGCAAGGAGCUACUUGCCAGAUCAAAUCGAGGCUUUGGACAAAUAAAGUCACCAUCGACAGAGGGACCCACCGAGUGCACUUACAGGUUUAUUCCGGAUACGGGUCAACGAGUUGAACUACAAAUUUAUCGUCUCGUUUCUAUUGGACGACACAAUGGAAAAGCAUGUGAGGGUGGAUGGUUACAGCUAGAGGGUGGAGCACGUGUUUGUGGAUCCAACGCACGAUUCGACAGACCAGUUGUUUUAUUUUCUGAUAAACCUGAAGCAACUUUACGCAUGCAAAUUAGUGAAAAUACCACGAGAUCUCAAUUUCUUGCGUACUUUAGUUUUGCCUCCAAGGCAAGUACAUCUGUGGGUUGGCCAGUAAAAGGUGGUAAAGCUGUUGAAAAUACAGAUUGUGAUUGGGUAUACGAGGAUUGUAUAAAUAACGACUGUAUUCUUGCAAGCCCAGCCUAUCCAGGAUUGUAUCCACCUAAUGUACGUUGUCGUUAUCUCAUCAAGACAAAUGCGAGUGUUUCAAUCACCAUUGUUUUCAGCUCAGUUCUCCUAUCCUACAAUCAAUGUACAAACGAUUAUAUUGCCGUUUAUGCUGGCCCAAGUACAACAAGUACAUUAUUAAAAACUCUUUGUAGCAAUGAAAAAACAACAGUUAUUAAUCCAGGCCCAGAACUUCUUGUUGAAUUCAAGUCUGGACCAGAAGUGCCUCCCUUCAACUACAAUGGUUUUAUUGCAAAAAUCACAAUCUCUCCAAUUACAACUGAAGCACCAUCCACGUCAACGUCAACAACAACAACAUUAACAAUUCCAACAUCACCAUUAACAGUAGAAAAUACAGUUGAAAUAGCAAGAGGAGCAAAGGAUCCAAUGAGCAACAGCAUAAGAUCAAGUAGCCAAGAUUUUGAUGAUUUACGAAAAGAUCAAAGUAUAUCAACAAAUUGUGAUGGUGAUAUUGAUGGUGAUAAAUAUAGACAAGGUCAUCAUGAUACAAGACAAAAAAUUAAGUCAUCAAAUUGUCAUUUUAUUCUACGUGGACGACUUUUUGACACUGUGCAUGUUCUACUAGCCAGUUACAAUCUCAGUGCACCGUCUUGCAAAUCCAUUAUUGAAAUCUAUGACGGAGCAGUUGAAAAUGGAAACAGCAAUAGUAACAUCAAACCAGUUAAAAAAAUUUGCAGUCCAGCACAAAAAAUUGAACGAGAAAAUGAUCGUACUGAAAGGUACAUAGAGCCUGAACAUUAUUCUUCUGCUGGAAGGGAUAUGACGGUCGUUUUAAGAAGAACAACUACCAAACCAACAGACGAAGAUUUCAUGGAUGUUUCAUAUUAUUUUCAUGACGCGAGGGAAGAAGGCACUCUGAAACCCUCGAGUGCCUGUGACGUUGAUUACUACGGUCUCAGUUCACCGAAAGAAGGCUGGGUGGCUCAUCCCAUUUCUCGACUGUUCACCCUAGAAGGUACCGUCAAGUGCAAACAUCACUUCAAACCAGCCUCUAACCAAUCGGUGAUUCUCACGAUUGAAAGCGACGUGAAGCGAUCAAAUGCUCCUUGUGAAACUCUUUGUGGUGAUAGUGGAUGUAGAUGUGUCAGUGAGGAACCACUUGACAACAACGAUCAUCUACAAGUUGUCACUGAACUUGGUCAUAUUAUCACUUGUCUGUGUGGAGAUUAUCAGAAUUGGUUACCAUUGAGAAUUCGUAGCUGGACACCUUUGUACAUAGAGUGGUCAAGAUCGUCAAGAUCGGGAUUGGGUUUUAAAGCCGCAUAUAAGUUUGCGGAAGAUACUUACUGUGGUGACCACUCGACAACAAAACCUGAGGGUAUAUUUCGUGCUGGUGACCUUACCACAAAUGGUAUACCCAGCUUGAAUCAGUAUUAUCAACAAAAGUGUACCUGGAUUCUUGACUCUGUCACUGAUCGCCAAUUGACAAUUGAAGUUGAAUCUUACCAAGAUCGUCCUUGUACAGCUUGGAACUUAACAAUUCAUGAGCUUAAAAAAACUGGUGAUUCAAUUGGACAAAGACUGUAUACAUUUUGCUCACGUGAUAGACAUAAAAAUUUUACGUUGCCCUGGAAAAUGAAUACAGCAAUUGUCAGAUUACAAGCUCUUGGCAGAACAGCGCCCCAAUACGUAAUGAAAUGGCGAAGUGAUACUGUACUGGCAAAUACAAGAAAAAGUGGUCCAUCACCAGCUCCAAAUUCAGUGGCUAUCAGUAACUCAAGUUUUACUAAACACUUUUGUUUAGCAGGCAUUUUAAAACUUGUCCUGUUACCAUUGGUAUUGUAUUACAAUUUAUAAAUUUAUUCACGUCACAAAAAAAAAAAAAAGCAUAACAUUUACAAAAAAAAAACAAAUAUAGAUAUAUAAUAAAAACCCAAGUAAAAUUUUAAUAACAGUGAAGUUUUAAAAUUUUUUUUUUCAAUUAAAAACUUUUAAUGAAAAAUUGAUAACAUUAACUAAUACCAAGGCAUGUAAAUAAUAUAUUGUAAAAUGAAUUAUAUUUAAGGUAGACUAAAAACAAAAGUUUAUGGCAAAUAAAAAUGCCAUGAAAGUUGUUGUAAAUAUAAAAUAAUAAACAGUAGAUUAAUAGAAUUUGUACAGAACACAUUUUAAGUUUUAAAAAAAAAAAUAAUAUAAAAAAUUAUAAAAAUGUUUUAAUCAUAAAAAAAUGACAAGAUAUUUAAAAAAUAAUAAUAAUAAUAAUGAGCUUGGAAUGUCCAAGAUACAAAUCCAUUUAAUUGUUACUUGUAUGUCGAUCAUAAAUUACAAUGUUUCUCUUCAUGAUCGAUAACCCGUCAGAGAUUUUUAAAUAACUUUCAAAGACUAUGCAAAAAAAGAGAAAAAAAUUGUAUAAAAAAAAUACAUAAAAUAGACUCUCUCUCUAUAUGUAUCUAAUAAUAAAAAAACUCGGAGUAAAAAGAUAUAAUUAUUAAUAAAAUAAAAAUGAAGAAAAAAAAAAAAUAAUAAAACCAACACAAAAAGACACAUGCAGACAUUUUAGUGAAUAUUAAUCGAUCAAUUUAAAGUGACGGUGUAGGUACGAGGCUGAAGCUUCCAUUAAUUUGAUAAAAAAAAAAAAAAAAUCCAUAAAAUGUUUUUAUACGAGCACUAAUUUCAUUU